AUGUCGUUGCUCGAGUCUCCUUCAUUCGAGACAAUCUCCUCAGAAAUAAAGUCCACCGCUCACCCGGAUGGAAGCUACGUUCUUGCACUAACAUCGCUGGGAGAUUACUACGUCUCUUCUGCUUCUGCUCCGUCAAAUGCAAUUCAUCUUUUUGACAAGUCAUCCUUGAAAUGCGUUCAGACCCUCAAAGGCCACCAAAAGGCCAUCACAGCCUUGCGAACCGUUAGAAGUAUCGGUGGGUCUGAUAGGCACACACUCCUAUCUGCUGGUAAGGAUGGCUGUGUGAUUGCUUGGGAUGAACGUUCUGGUGCUCCGACCACACAAAUGACGACAUCUGGGAGACCUCGUGCCGUUUUGUCUUGUGAUGCUUCUCAUGAUGGCUUGACCGUUGCUGCGGGGACGGACCUACAGAAGGAGGACGCAUUUAUACUUUACUGGGACCCUCGAAACCCAGCUGUACCACUCCGUGUUCACAGUUCAACACAUUCGGACGACAUUACUGCAGUGCACUUUCUGAAAAAUUGCCCGUCUCCAACAUCUGGACAGAUCUUGCUAUCAGCUUCGACUGAUGGCCUGAUUAGCACGUCAAAUUCUGCGGAAGAUGACGAGGAUGAAGCAGUUCUGAACGUCGGCAGUUGGGGUUGUAGCAUAUCUCAAGCAGGAUGGAUCCGCGGCUCCGAUAUGGAGACAUUCAGCUGCUGGUCAGAUGAGCUUGACAUGUUGCAGAACUGUGACAUUCGCCACCCCUCCGUUCAUAGCCAUGGGCGAACUUGGGUUACCGACUACCUGAUAACAUGUCACAACACAAAACGGUCUGACAGCAACCUCGCUGUAUUUGUUGGUUCGAACGAGGGUGAUGUGGCCCUUCUCUCGAGCUCAGAUGUGACAGACUCAUCUGCACCAUGGACAAUCAAUUCGGUAUGGGCCAAGGGACACACUGGUGUUGUCCGUUCAGUCUUCUGGGAUGAAAACCAUGAAAUUCUUGUCACGGGAGGCGAGGAUUCAAAGAUAAGUACAUGGCGUUGCUCUAUCCCCAGGCAAUUUUCGGGGUCCGAUAAAUUUGCGCGAGAUGAAGGUGCAAUGGAUAUGGACUCCACCGUGACUACCCUGAAAAGAGAGUGCGAUGACGAGAUGGAUAUCUCCGAGAGUGGGCCAGAGGGUAAAAAAGUAAAGAGGUAA